GGGCACAAAUGUGCCCCGGCUGAAUUUCAGCAGAGAGUGGAGGAUGUGUUGAGGAAUCUAAUGGACACAGAAGUGGUUCGUGUAUACGUUGACGACAUCAUAAUUGGCACGAAAACAAGGGAUACUCACCUUGACCUGGUCUUGCGAGUCCUGGAAAGGCUGCGAGAGUCGGACUGA